CUCCACCACUAGUCAAAAGUCCCACCCAAACUCAUUAAAAAAGUUACCGUUUAAAGUUUAAACUUUUUAAACACCACCCAAAUUCCACAACACACUAAUUCAAAAUUUUCAAAUUCAAAUAGCCGUUGCAUGCUUUCCAUUAAUGGCACCAAGAAAAAACAUAAAUCUUUUUUUCUUGUUCAACUAAAACAAAAUUAUUUUUCUCUCCCUCUCCACAAACCCAUUACGAAACCCAUGGCCGGUGGUUGCAAGAAAACCGCCACCAUCUCACGGCAGUCUUCCUGCACCUCCACCCACCGCAACCCCCUCAUCCAGCAGAACCACCACCACCACCACCGCACCUCCAGCGACGGCGGCGGCGGAAAUGGUGUUUCUCUUGGAUCCCCCAUACGCCGCUGUGAUAACAACAAUAAAGAGAAUAUUGCCGCUGCCCCAAAUGCCAAGCCCGGAAAAUUUCAUUACGACGACGACAAGGAAAACACAAACCCUAACGAUGAUGGGAAAAAUCUAAUCUUGAAAGAUUUCUCCGAUUGGAAGUCUCAGAUGAAGGAAAAUUUGUUGAAGCCUUCUUCACUCCAGGUGUGCAUAAAAAAGAACGAGCCCGAUUCGGUUAUCGGGCUGAAGAAAUGGGAAUCUCUCGAUUCGGAGAAACCAAAUGCAGCAGCCGAUGUGUGGGACUAUUCGGAUUCGGAAGCUGCACCUGUUUCUUCUUGGUCCACUUUGCCUAAUAGGGCAUUGUUGUGCAGGCCGUUGCCGCUGGAUGUCGGGAGGUGUACGUGUAUCAUAGUGAAGGAAUCGUCUCCCGAUGGAUUCGACGGUGGAACUUUGUACACAUUGUAUACUAAUGAGGGUAAGGGGAGGCAGAACCGAAAACUAGCGGUGGCUCAUCACAGAAGGCGAAGAGGAAGAUCGGAAUUCACCGUUGCUCAAAAUACUAAAGGCAUAGCAUCUCACUCGGACGACAGUUUAAUCGGAACAGUCACCUCCAACAUUAUCGGAUCGAAAUACCAUAUAUGGGAUCAGGGCCAUUGUCUGAAAUCCUCGAGCAAGAAAAACCCGAAGCUAUUGGCUUCCGUGAAUUUUACGGCUACCGUAUCGACGUGGACCGGAAACUAUCGAAGCAUGAAGGCGUGGAUACCAAAGCACCAAUCCAUGCAGCUAAAGAAUACAAAUCAGAUACAACAUAUCAAUGGAUUACCGACAGAAUGGGAGGCGAACAAGGAUAAAGUUCAUCAGCUAUUCUCAAAGAUCCCUUCUUACAACAAGUUUACGAAACGGUACGAGUUGGAUUUCAGAGAUAGAGGAAGGGCAGGUCUUAAAAUCCAGAGCUCGGUAAAGAACUUCCAAUUAACUUUGGAGAGAAACGGGAAGCAAACGAUACUUCAACUCGGGAGGCUGGGGAAGUCUAAAUAUGUGAUGGAUUACAGAUAUCCAUUGACUGGCUAUCAAGCAUUCUGCAUGUGUUUGGCUUCCAUUGAUUCAAAACUCUGCUGCUCAGUUUAAGUAAAAAAAAAAAGUAAAAUGUUUUCACCUUUGUAAUUUAGUUUAACUGUGUUGAUCAAAAUGUAUUGAUCAUAUUAGAAGAUGUAAUUUUGUGGUUGAUGGUUUGAUGAUUCUUCAUUGCUUUUU